AUGUCUUUCCCAUACUCCCAGGAUGCUCGUCGUCGGCGGGUCGGAGCUGCAGGAGCCGGGUUCAGCUCGACCGGGAGACGGACAUUCCUGGGAUACUACGUGCCAUUGGCUUUGACCGUGGGUGUCGCAGCGAUCGGUGUAGCUGCCUGGAUCUGGAGUGAACGCAGCGAAGACGAUGACGACGAACGCGAUUACCCCGGGGAUGGCGACGACGUCCCCGCGCCCGCCCCGGGCGGCGCCUAUGCUGGCGAUUAUGCUAGAUCGACCGCGACCGACCUCCAUGGCGACCUGCAAGACGACCCCGGCAUGAUGGCUAGAAUGCAGGGAGCUUUGCGACGCACGCCGAGUCCUCAGCAGAUCUUCGACGGGGCUAGCAAGAGAGUAGCCGCCGGUAUGGCCGCCGCGGGGGCAUUCGUCGGUGGUGCUUUGACAUCGAUUCGAGAGGAGAGGGGCGACUUCGAAGAUCACUCCAGAUGGUCGGAAGAAGUGGAAUCCAGAGCCGCCCGCAGAGACCUGCCUGAUCCAGCUGUCCCAACCAUGAGCGGCGCCCUCCCCAGUCGCAGUGUCGCAGGAGCUCCCUCUCUCGACAAGAAGAAGAAAACAGUCGCUAUUGUCGUAUCGUCCGAAUCGCUACAUGUCGGCCCCGAUGAGCUCACCUCGGACCAUGUGUCUAUCCUAUCUCACCUCCCGGAGCACGUUGACCCCGACACAUGCAAAAUCUUCGUUAUGAUCUAUGCACCGGGCUUGAAGCAUGCCCCCAAUCACGGCAACGGCUCCCAGCCUACACCGUCUGUCACCUCGUCCUACUCCAAUAUUGCUCCUGAGGAAGCUGCCGAUGAUCUGGAUAUCCCGGACGCCUCUAGACACGCAAGUGAACCCGAGGGCGCUACGCCGCUCUUCAACACUUUAUACACCCAAGCGCAAGCCAUUGUCGAUAAGAAGAACACGAUCAUGCCUUUCAGCACGGCUACGGGCUAUGUUCACCUCGUGCGCCAUAUCUCACCGGAGAUCGUCUAUGUCCAAGAGUCUUUGACUGGCAAGGAUGGCGAACCGGUCCAUCAUAUCUCCCGCUGGGUCCGACAGGUCGUGGUGGUUGUGGGUGACCGCGGAGGCUUGAUCGACAGCGAGGACGAGUCAGCCCUUGCUGACCAUGGAGAAAAAUGGUGGCAAAAGGAGGGAACGACCGGCAUCGGAAAGCGAAUCGAUGUGGUCGACGAACUUCGCAUUGGUGAUGACUGGCGACGCCGGGUUUCGGGCCACGAUUAG